GUCACUCACACCAUCCAGGUCGUAACCUGACAGAAGAGCAGAGGAGAAGACCGAGUGAGGAACUGACAUCCAUAGGACACCAUGGCCUCCACGUUCUCUGUGCGCAGCUACUCUGUACGUCAGCCUUCCUUCUCCAGCAUGUCUGUGAGGGACAGUGGACGCAGCAUCCGCUCCAAGUCCUCCGUCUCACCUCUGUCCACUGUCAACACGCUGUCCCUGUCCCGUUCCGUCUCGAUGGGCAACGGCCUCAACAUGCUCGGCUCCAGCCUCUCUUUCAACGGCCUCGGUGUCGGUGCCAGUGAGAAGGAGACCAUGCAGUGUCUGAACGACCGGCUCGCAAACUACCUGGACAAGGUGCGCUCUCUGGAGAAGUCCAACGCUGAACUGGAGGUGAAGAUCAAACAGCUCAUGCUGGAGAAAGCUCCCAAAGGGCACGACAUUGAGGGGAUGAUGGCUCAGGCACAUGCCAUUGGGCAGGAGGUGAGAAAGAAAACGCUGGAAAAUGCUCGUAUAAUGCUGGAGAUUGACAAUGCGAAGCUGGCAGCUGACGACUUCAGGGUCAAAUGGGAGGCAGAGGCCACCUUGUGCCAGUCGGUGGAGCGGGACUGUCAGGCUCUGAGGAGAGCAAAGUCAGACCAUGACCAGAUCAUCGCCACGCUGCGCGGUGACCUGGACAGUCUGAAGGAGGAGCUCUACUUCCUCAAGAAGAAUCAUGACGAGGAAGUUAACUCCCUCAAGGCACGUCUGGCCAACGAGCAGGUGAAUGUGGAGGUGGACGCAGCUCAGAGUCCUGAUCUGGGGGCCACGAUGGCCGAGCUGAGAGUCCAGUAUGAAGGCAUCACUCGUAAGAACAAGGAAGAGGCUGAGGCCUGGUACCUCAAGAAGUUGGAAGCAAUACAGUCUGAGGUGAAAGAAAGCAACGAGGCUCUGCGUUGUGCCCAAAGUGAGCUGAGUGAGAGACGACGCUUCCUGCAGGCUCUGGAGGUCGAGCUCGAUAGUCUCCGCAAACAGGUGGCAGUGUUGGAGGGAAACCUGGGCGAAACGGGCCAUAAAUAUUCUGUGGAGAUGGAGCGUCUUCAGAUCACGCUGACCCAGCUGGAGGACGAGCUGUCUCAGCUGCGUUUGGACAUGCAACGCAACAAGACCGAAUACGAACAGCUUUUGCGCAUCAAACAGAACUUGGAGAUGGAGAUCGCCACCUACAGGAGGCUGCUGGAAGGAGAAGAAAUGGUGAAAGAAACUCUUCCACCUCCUAAAAAAGACCCUGAUGUAAGGACCAGGAAGAUUGUAAAAGUCGUCACUCAGACCAUGAUUAACGGUAAAGUGGUGGAUGAGUCCAGCGAGGUGGAGCAGAUUGAGGAACGCAAAAAAUGAGCCAAAAGAAUGUCACAUUGUAAACCCAAAGUGUCUGCUGACGGUGGAUCAUUUUCCACAAUUAUCUUGUUUUCUGUGUCUUCCUCGUUUAGUCUCAGUGUUUCUUCAGAUGAAGUUAAGAAUAAGUUCAUCCUUACAGCAAAAUAAUGACAUUUACAACAUUUAAAAUUGAAGUCUGUUUGACAAUACAGUUCAAAGGGAAACGUGAUUGUGUUGGCACUCGACAAAUUACAGGUUAUCUAUCUAUAGUUUAAUUCAGAUAAAAUGUGUUUAUGUUCAGCAAAGCAGUUAUUGAGUAUAGUGGCAUGGUAGCACGUCAUCAUGUCUGGCAUGGAAGUAAAUGUUUCCAAAAGUGUCAAACGAUUUCCUUUCGUACCAAUAGAGGGGAUUUUGGAAGGCUUAAAUAUUUGAAACCAAUUUCCUGUAAACAAAUACUAUGUAGAAACUGUUUUGUGCAAUACUUCUCGUAACAGUAUUGCACAACAUCUCAGCUGGAAGACUGAACGUCUUAUAGAAAAAAAAAAGCCAAUCAUCCAAAAAAAACAGCUGUACA